GUCAAAUUUAUAGGUUUUCAAAGCUAUAUCAUAAUAUUUAGCUAACUUCAUUAAGGGAAGGUUAAGUUAAAGUGUUCAGAGUAUUUAUCUACUGAUUCCUGGUUAUUAUAUCGCUUUUCUCACGAUUUUCUAGCGUUAAAAUUACCAUUACUAACCAAUUCCCGCCGUUAUCACUUUUUGACCGUCAUAAAUUACACACAUCAAUAAUUUAUUAUACUUUGUGGUUACUAUUUAGUUGAAUCAAUCAAUCAAGAACUCAAACUCAUCUUCCAACCGGUCUUUCAUCCAUCCGCCCCAUAUUUAUUGUUAUCAUUGCUUAGAGUUUGUAUAAAAUUUCAAUUAGACAUUGAUACACCUUUAAAGCUUAUUUAUUUAUAUAUAUAUUAAUACUACUAAUUCUAAUCCAAUUUUAUAAAAAGAAUGGAUUUAAGGAAUUUAUCAGCAACUCCAAAUCAGUUGGAUCCAGUAAUGCAACGUCGCCCGUCAUUAUCAUCAUUAUCUUCAACUUCUGGUUAUUCUUCAUCAAAUUAUGGUGGAGGAGCACCUGGUGGAGGUGUCCCAGGUGGAACUAGUGGAUCAAAUAGUAAUAAUAAUCCAGGAAGUAAUGGUAAUACAACUCCUCAAUUAACCAAUCAAAGAUUAUCUAUUGGUUCAAGAAAUAACCUUAAUUUACAAAGUUCUUGGUUACAAAAUCAAUCAAAUGCAACUAAUGUUGCUCCAUGGGUUGAACAACAACAACAACAAUUAGAUUCAAAACAACAAGUUUCACAAUCUACUGGUAAUUCAUCAAAUCCUUCAAGUUCUGGUGGUAGAUCUGCAUCUCAAUCAAGUCAAAAUGUACAAAUUAAUAAUACCAAUCAAAAUGGUGAUGAAACUGAUAUUGAUGCUGAUGAUGAAGAUGAUGAUGUAAUUCCAACUGCUAUAGUAAUUAAAAAUAUUCCAUUUGCUAUUAAAAAGGAACAAUUAUUAGAUGUAAUGACUAAAUUAAAUUUACCAAUUCCUUAUGCAUUUAAUUAUCAUUUUGAUAAUGGAGUUUUCCGAGGUUUAGCAUUUGCAAAUUUUACUUCAACUGAUGAAACAUCUUUAGUUGUUAAUCAAUUAAAUGGUAGAGAAAUUGGAGGUCGUAAAUUAAGAGUUGAAUAUAAAAAAAUGUUACCAGUUCAAGAAAGAGAACGAAUUGAAAGAGAAAAACGUGAAAAAAGAGGUCAAUUAGAAGAACAACAUCGUUCUGCUUCAAAUGCAUCAUUAGCAUCUUUAUUAUCUGCAGCAUCAACUACUGCAGCUACAAAAAAUUUAAGUGUUAAUGGUAUAUCUAAUUCAAAUACUGAAAGAUUAUUCUUUAGUUUCCCAUCAAAUACUAGUGCUUUUAUUCCAACUCCACCUUUAGAAUUAAAUUUUAAUGAUCCUGAAACUUUAGAUUUAUACACCCAAUUAAUUCUUUAUAGAGAUGAUCCAGUUAAAUCAGUUUUUGAAUUAGCAAUUGCUCCUGUUAAUUUAAAUAUGAAUCAAAGAAAAGUAUUAUCAAUUUUAUGUAACUUUUUAAGUUUAUUGGAAUUAUUCGAUAAUGGACUUGUGAUAAUUCGUAGAAAACCAGGUUAUAUUCCUCAACAAUCAAAUACAUUUGCUUCACCUCAACUGCAACAACAAUCUCUGCAACAACUGCAACAACAAGGUUUAGGACCUUCACAUUCAUCAUCAAUGAUGAAUUUAAAUCAAUUGGGUCAAUUAGUAAAUACUCCUACCGGUUCAGGUAUUCCAAAUAAUGCUCCAAUUCAUCCUGAAUUACUCAGAUCUCAAAGUCAAAGUUCAAUUCCUUUACCAAGACUCAGGCAACAAACGGGAACUCCAACUCAAUCAAAUUUCCCACAAUAUUCUCAACAACAACAACAGCAAUCCCAACAGCAAUCUCAACAACCACAGUCUAUUCAACUUCAAUCUAGAAGUUAUUCCCAAUUUGGUUUAUAUCAACAGACUACUGGUGGUAAUUCUGUUGGUACAGGUUCAGGUUUAAGUAGUAAUAAUCAAAUUGCUCCACCUGUUGUCACACCCACUAUGAUUUCCUCUAGUGCAGCCGCAUUAUUAAGAUCUUCAAAUAAUAGAUCUUAUGUUGAUGUUAGAUCAACCCCACCUUUAGGAAGUAACAAUAUUUAUUCAAAUCAACAAUCACAACUUCAACAUAAUUCUAAUCAAGCAGCAAAUUCUCAAUCAGUUACCAAUUCUCCAACUCCUCAACAUCAUAGCCAUAUUUUACACCAACAACAUCAAUCACAAACCCAUUCUCAUCAUCUCAACCAACCAAUUUCUUUAAGUCAGCUGCAAUCUCAACAACAUCAACAUCAAAAUCAGAAUCAACAUCAACACCAUUCAAAUCAAAAUCAGAAUCAGAAUCAACAAAAUCAUCCAAGUCAACCAUCAACACCAUUCCAACCAUUCCAACAUAGUGGUAGUUUUACUUCUUUACAACAAGCUAAUUCAAAUGGAUUAGAUGAUUUUAGUGAUCCACUCGGUAAAUUUAGUGGAUUAAAUUUGGGUCCAUCUACUUCAGCUAGUGGAAAUUUUGAUACAAGUUCUACCAAUAAUACUAGUUCAGGAAUUUGGGGACCAAAAUAGAUGAAUCAUAUAUUAAUUAAAUGACCUUAUGUCCAGUGAAAUGAUUUAAUGUCAAAACUUACAAACGUAGUGCUAUUAAUGAAUAUUAUUUAAAUGAAUGAGACAUGAUAAAAUAGAGAUACUUCUUUAUUGAAGUAUCAUCAUAUUAAAUGAAUAUAAUCAGAAAUUAUUUUAUUAAUGUAUUUUUAACGAGAAUGAGAUGGAUGAAUUUUUUUAAUUAAUUCAUUUAUUAUUCAUUCCUAUUAACAAAACCAGAAAAUUGAAAAACCCAAAAAAAAAAAAGAGAUAUGUCUAGACAAGACAUUGAAUGACUUUAAAAGACGCCAUUAAUUAGUUUUAAAUUAAUAUCUUUAAUAUUAAUGAUCCGCCCAUAUAUAAUUAUAACUUUAUAGAACUGUU